UACCCAAACUCACCUUACAUCUUCUCCUUUAUAAAGAGGACGCCUUCUGAAGCAUAAGUUCACAUAUCAUCCUCUGGACUUGUAAUCUUCCCAUCCAUAUAAAAACACAAAAGAAAAAUCUCAAUCACAAUGGCAUCAAGCUCAGUGUCUUCUCACAGCUCGGGUUCGUGGACCGCUAAGGAGAACAAAGCCUUUGAGCAGGCUCUAGCAACUUAUGACCAGGAUACCCCUAACCGAUGGCAAAAUGUUGCACAAGUUGUUGGUGGAAAAACAACAGAAGAGGUAAAGAGACACUACGAACUCCUUGUACAAGAUAUCAACAGCAUAGAGAACGGCCUUGUCCCGUUCCCAAACUACAACGCCAAUGGCAGAGGCUGAUUCAGGAAGAAAAGAGGAUGAGAAAUACGAGGCUGCAGUGCAGUGAAUAUAGAAAACAAACUAGGAGGAUACAGUGAUCGAUCCUUCUCCCCUCAAUCAUUCAUGUCAAUGUCCAACUGUUGUUUACUUUCCUUUUGUUUCCCUCAAAAGCUUUGGCGCUGCCAAAUCAAAACAUUCAAGCUGUGUAAGGUUUAUUUUGUAACGAAAUGUCAACUUCAAGAUGAAUCAAUCUCUUUAUUAUUGCGGAAA